AUGAGAGAACAGAUAAGAAAAGGGAGCAGGAAAGUGAAGAGAAGAGCAGGAGAAGACAGGAAAGCAGCAGAGAAAAAAGAGAAAAGAGAACAUAGACCAAAAGGGAGCGAUAACAAGGAAAAAAGGCAAGGGAA